GCAACACUGGUGCUAUCCUCCAUGAUCUAUCUGUCAUCCUGACUGCAAACUGCAGCAACUACAACUCCACUAUUGUUUUGGUUUUCCUUUGCCCUUGUAUUUAUUUCGCUUCCAUAAACUGAAAUUCCUCAACAAUUUCAACCAAAAACGCCAACAAACUUCCGUUCAAUGUCGUCACUUAUCGCAAAUGGAUUUCUCAGUGUGUCCUUAUAAAAACGGUAAACGAGAAUCUGAAAAUUUUAUCGGUCUGGAUAUGGGGGACGAAAUGAAACUGGACGAGGUGAACUACGAGAGCGACAUUUCCUCGUCGAGCUCAGCCAGUUCGACGGCUCCGAGCAUCAGUUCGGUGAGCACGAUUUCUUCUGGAAAAGGUCGUCACGGAAGACACCGUACGAGCAACAAUAAGAGCCCUUCGCCGCCUCAUGCUGCCAAAGAAACCAAAUCCAAGUACGACUAUUUGACUAAAGUAAACUACUUGUUUAGAGAUGCUAGAUUUUUCGUCAUUAAAUCCAACAAUGCUGAGAAUAUUGCACUCUCAAAAGCUAAAGGGGUUUGGUCAACUUUGCCCCAAAAUGAAGCAAACUUGAAUCAGGCCUGGAGAGAGUCCAGAAAUGUCCUAUUAAUAUUUUCAGUAAAAGAAAGUGGAAAGUUUGCAGGUUUUGCAAGAUUAAAUGGAGAAUCACGUCACGAUGUGCCUCCAAUUUCUUGGGUUCUACCUGCAGGUCUUUCAGCUAAAGCUUUAGGUGGUGUUUUCAAGGUUGAUUGGAUUUGCCGCAAAGAUUUACAAUUCUCCAGCACCAUGCACCUGUACAAUCCCUGGAACGAUGGAAAACCAGUGAAAAUUGGCAGAGAUGGUCAAGAAAUUGAGCCCAAAGUGGCAGAGGAGCUUUGUCGCCUAUUUCCAGAAGACGAAGGAGUUGAAAUUGCUCCUAUACUAAGACUGGCUAAAGAGUCUUCAAAAAAACAAAGCCUUAGAGGCAAAGAUGGUAAUAGGCAUGUCAAAGCUAGAAUGCCUCUAUCUGCCAGGGCUCCUUUUAGUUUUAGGGGCGGCAGAGGUGGUGGCGGAGGCGGCGGUGCCUCCUACUCUAGAAGAAAAUUCUUCAUGUCUAGUAGAGUUUUAAAUUCAGCAAGUUAUAGGCGAUCAGUGUCACGAGAAAGAUACCUUCCUUACUAUGAAAGAGAAUCGCCACGUCAAUACACUGCAGCUGCAGCUGAAGCUUACGUAGCCGAUUAUAUGCGAACCAUGCAACAUCAGCUGCCUCCUCUACCUUACGUUCCUCCUCCUGGAUUGUAUCCAUCUGGAUUUGACGCUUUACCAGCCCCAUCAAGGUAUUAUGAUAGUUUGCCUCUGCCAGAAUUCCCAGCAGCUAGAAUUCCAGAAAAACGCAGCUACGAUCGUUCAGUUGAAGAGUUCCUGUGGAAAAACAAAGACAGGAGGGCGCCUAGGGAAAGAGCUUAUUCCAGAGAACGAUCCCGUUCCAGAGAAUAUUCCAGGGAUAGGUCUAGGGGCAGGUCCAGGGAGAGGGAGCGUGAACGUGUUAGGGAACGUGAAAGGGAGAGGGAAAGGGAGCGUGAACGCGAACGCAUGCGCGAAAGGGAGAGGGAUACCCGGUACCGUUACAGAGAUAAUAGACGUUAGAUUUUUUUGUAUUGGUAAUGAUUUUUUGAUUAUAAUGGAAACUUAUAUUAUUUUCUAGAUUAAUUAAUACUUAUACUUAUAUAUAAUAAUGGAUAUAACCAAUGUGUAAUAAUAAUUAAUUAUUGGUAUUAAAAAUUGUUCAAGAAACAA